GAGAUAGGCAGAGAUCGAUCUUGGGUUGCAUAUUGAGGGUCGACCCGCCACCUAGUCACCGACCCUACCUGCGAUCCUGCGAUCCUGCAGCGACCCCAAACCUCAAACCUCAAACCUCAAACCCCGAACUUCCCUUCGACUCGCCAUCGUCCGCAAUUCCCAAGGCGGCGUAGUUGCGAUCUAGUCGAUAAUCGCCGCCGCAUUUUCCGGGUCUUCGUCUCCGACGAAUGGAUACCAAAUGAUGGCUUACGCCCCCCUUAUGAGAACGAAUACCGCACCUCUCUUCCAUUCAACGCCCGACGGUGUUGCCAGAUUAAAUAGCAUGAACGUCGGCGGCAGCGCGCCGCGGACAAGUCAGCUUUCUGGCUCGACUGCUUUCAACUCGACCACCUCCCUCACCUCGUUAUCUAGCGCCACGACCGUCGCCGCCUCGACCCCCGGCCAGAUCGUUCCGACUAGCAAUAUCAUUAAUCAGAAGGCCGAUGCGUCGCGAUCCCUUUACCAAAUAUGCGUGUUGCUGAAGCAGAGACUGGCCCAGGUUCCGGGUUUCGAGGAAUAUCUGCAACAGCUCGACGAAUGGGCCACGGAUGUCCCCGAUGGGUCGGAGGGCGCUGAUGGGGGAUCGGAUGGGGGACCGGUCGGGUCACUCUGGAGGCUGCUGCGGACCGGCCAUCCCCUGCUAACCAUCUACAACGCGUUGCAACCCGAGAAGCCGCUUCACGUGGAUGAGUCCAUGGGCAACGAGUCGAAGCGCUCCAAGAUUGCUAUAGCCAACUUUGUUCGAGCGUGUCUGAACGACGUGAAGCCCCCGCCGUCCGAGUGUUUUAUCAUCAACGACCUGACAGGCAACGAUACCACGGGUUUUGUCAAGGUCAUUUCUGUUAUUAACUAUGUCCUCGAUCUCGCCGAGCAACGGAACCUGCUCCUCCAGGUCCAGCCGUAUCCCGAAGAUGAUUCGCUCGGUGCCACUUCGCAGAUGAGCUAUCGAGACUACGUUGUACGGGAACUGGUGGAUACAGAACGGAAAUAUGUGCAGGAUCUGGAGAAUCUGCACGACUUGAAGAAGACACUGGAACAACGGGGAGUGAUCCCCGGCGACAUAGUCCACCAGAUCUUCCUGAACAUCAACGCCAUCCUGGAUUUCCAGCGACGAUUCCUGAUCCGCGUCGAGACGACAAACUCGAUGCCCGAGGCAAGACAGGGCUGGGGAGGGCCCUUUGUCUUCUACGAGGAUUCCUUUAACAUUUACCAACCCUUUAUCGCAAACCAGCGGAAGGCAGCUCAGAUAGCCGGCCAGAUGUUUGACAAGAUCCAGUCUGCCGAGCAUCCUGUUGCCUGUGACUUCAAUACGCUGGAUGGGUUUUUGUUGAAGCCCAUGCAGCGGCUUGUCAAGUACCCCUUGCUGCUCAAGGACCUUCUGAAGAAGAGCGAUGACGAGGCAACCAGGGCUGAUCUAACAGCUGGCAUCAAUGCUGCCGAACGUGCCCUGCAAAAGGCAAAUGAGGCUGUCGACCGCGAUCUCCUUGACGAGGCCUUGGAUGAUCUCAUGACUCGGGUUGAUGACUGGAAGAAUCACCGGGUUGAGCAGUUUGGGAAGCUGUUGCUGCAUGGGGUUUACACGGUCGUCACUGGAAAGAGUGAACAAGAGAAGGAUUACGAGAUCUAUCUGUUCGAAUGCAUUUUGCUCUGUUGCAAAGAGGUUUCGCCCAACAAGAGCAAGGACAAGAAGGACAAGACGAAGUCAACCGGGCCCAAAGUCCAGAAUCGAAACGCAAAGCUGCAGCUGAAGGGUCGCAUCUUCAUGACCAACGUCACAGAUGUCGUGGCGAUAUCAAAGACGGGCUCCUACACGGUACAGAUAUGGUGGAAGGGGGACCCGGGGGUGGAAAACUUCAUGAUCAAGUUCCAAAAUGAAGGCAUGAUGAAGAAAUGGGCCGUCGGCCUCGAUCAACAGAGGAAGGAGAAUGCUCCACAGGCUGCCCAAGGCCCCGACCAACCGCCACCGAACUUCGCCUGGAUGCAGUCGCAAGUCAGCGGCCUGGAGAACCCUUAUGCUCAGCAUGAUGAUGAUGAAGAGGAGGAUCCCUACGCGUUGACGCACCCGCUUUCUCAGUAUGGAAGCAACCCCCCCCAAGUGAUGGCAGGCACAAUCCCGCGCACCGCUUCGAGCACGAGCCUGAGGGCGCGGUCGGCGACGGGCGAGAGCACACAGUCCAUGGCAGGCAUCGCAAGGGCUCCGCCGCCGCGGUUCCCUCUUCCGCAACCGCCGGCACCGCUGAGUCUCCAGACGCAGAUGGGUACUCCGGGUCAACAGUCGCCAGGCUCCCAAGUUCCAAACAAUGCCAAUUCCUACUUCUCCCCUACCGCCGAAUCCCCUGCGUCUAGUCGAGCCAGCACAACGUCGGGCUUCUUCCCCAACAACGGAUAUCCCUUCCCCCCCACUGGCGUACCUCAACCCGGCAAUUGGGAGGACAACAAUCGAUACACGGCUCCGGCGAUGCCACACGCUCCAUCUCGAGACGGGCCGAGUCCCGUCAAUGCGUAUGGCAUGGUGACGGCAAAUGGCCGGAAUCCUCGAGGGCCGUCGCUUCCCGCCAUGGCGUCCCAGAGCGCCUCGCAGUUGCAGCAGCAACGGAGUCGCUCCUACAGCACGCCUGACAUCCAGCCCAUGAACGGGCGCCGGCAAACCGCACAGGCCGUUCCUGCCGUCCCGGGGAUUCCCCCGCACCUGCACGCGGCACACGAGAGGCACGACUCGGCCAUCCCGAGGAGCAACAGCGGCAGCCCACGCAACGACCUACCCGUCAGAACAAGCACGCAGUCCCCGGGCGCGCAGCGAGAGAGGGAGAAGCACUAUGGAGGAACCAUGGUCAAGUUCCCAUCGCACCCGGUAUACCCCAGGCAAGGGUCGAUUUCGAACGGCACCAUGAACAUGGUUCCGUUGGGAGGAACCGGCAGCCAACCGCCCGACAACGCCAUGCAGAACCCUCUUCCAUCCCCCAACUCGGACAUCCCGCUCCCCACACAACUCAAAGUCAAGGUCAACUGCGACGGCGGCAACUACGUGACCUUGGUUGUGGCCUUCAACAUCACGUACCAGAGCCUCAUCGACCGUAUCGAUGCGAAGCUAAACCGCUUCACCAGCUCCAGCAUUGCUAAGGGCAAUCUGAAACUGCGAUACCAGGACGAAGACGGAGACUUUGUGACGAUCGAGAGCGAUGACGACAUCCAAAUCGCCAUCUCCGAGUGGCGCGAGGGCAUGAGAAAUACCGCCGGUACCCUUGGGGGAGUUGGAGAGAUUGAGCUGUUCUGCGUCGGAGAGAUGAACUGAAGGAAACGCGCGCUUUCUUCGGGGCGAUAUUGGGGCGAUAUCACAGCAGCUUGCACCCUUCCUUGCGACACCCCUUCCUUGGGGAGAAAAUAAUCGGUUUCUUCCCCCACCCAACCCAAC